GAGAGAGAGAGAGAAAGAGCAACGGCAACGGUAACGGCGAACCAGGAAACGCGCGUGUAUCCGCUCGAAAAACUGGAAAUAUGCGAAAGAAAAAGAGCAUGGCUGCGUUGCUUGGUCUGAUUCUGCUCCUGAAAUCGUCGGACGUCGAAAGCGGCCUCGACGGACAAGAAUCGUAUUCGAGUUUCUCUCAUCAUCGACAGAAAAGAUUCUUUUGGGUAACCGACGACGGUCGAAUCGCUUUACCGCCCGGCACGAUCAUGACCGUAACUCCGACGUUGGCUUUGCCAUUCGUUCGAUAUCCGCCUUACGGUUUUCUCAGUAACAUGACCAUUAGUCUUCCUUUUACCGUCGAUUUCGACAAGCUCGGUUUAACCGACAACGAAAACCCUUACGGCGUUUUAUCGUCCGCAUUCGAGGAUACGGCGGGGGAUCGAGCUUCGACCACGGCAGAAUUCGUAGCGUCGUUCGUAAAGCGUGGACUCGGUAAAAGGGAGGCGAGUCAAGAUUUACCAAAAAAUGCGUUAUACGGAGGUGAAAGAGCUCUGCUUUACAGUGCCGCCGAGGAUAUGAUCGCAAAUUUUGGCUUCAACGGAAAGGCGUGUCUGCUGAGAGCGAUUUGCGAGAUCCAAGGACAUCCGUUGAACAAUUUUGGAUUGAUCGGAGAAAUGUUGAAGCUCUUUUUCACUGCCAGCAAAUCACCGUUCGCGAACCUUUUGACAGAUUAUGUGGAAGCUGAGAACAGAGGAAAAUUCCAUGGCGAAUGUUGGCCUUAUUUUAAGGACUGCCCAAAAUCGUUGUUCCGUUCAGCGGAGAACAGAUACGCAAAAGAGGCGUUUCAUGAAAAUCCCGACACCGUUGAAACCAUCGAAUCGGAUCGAAGCGAGGAACGAUAUUCUUCUUCGGUAGACUCGACGAGACGAUCGCGCGACAAAAUUCAAUUAUUUACAAAACGCCCGUUGCACCCGUCCAUGUAAAUGUAGCGAUACGAGUCGAACGAAUUCCCUACCCUUUUCGUAGUAAAAUCGAACGAUAUUCGAAGCGUAUCCAACUUGCAGAAAAUCUAAAAUUCUCCGCAUAGAAUGUACGAACGUAUGAAUUUCUAACGAAUCUAUGCACGCGUGUACGUUUCUACGUAUUUAUGUAUGCACGCGUUCGAAAAUAUCUCACCCGUUUCACCCAUAUCCCCCAUCUUCCCUAUCUUUAUCUCCCUUUCUAACUACAUACGUACGUAUCCGUCUCACCGUCUAUCUCACUUUACAGCCAUAUUAUUUUUUAGUUUUACACGAUAUCGUUAUCGCGUUACGGUAAGAACAAAUAUCGUUUACAAACCGAUCGAUCGACGUUUCAUCGAUGAUACAUUUUGUGUAACGAAACAACGGAACGCUUGGGUACAUAUGUUAACGUCGAUGUCGAGACACACGGUUGUUACCGUGUUUAGUUCGUUACCGUUCUUUCGUGCAACUCACGUACAUUGUAUAUAUGUAUGUAUCUAUAUGUAUAUAUAUAUAUUUUUUUAAAGA